GUGCGGGAGGGGGCGGCGUGAGUAAGCUCGCCACUGCGGAGCUGGCUGUGCAUUGCACACUUUGCAUCCUGCUCCAAAAAAAAAAGCAAGCCUCUCCCCGAGUGAGUGGGUGAUUAUACAACUGAGGGUUUGUAAUUAAGCGGAUUGAUUCCUCAGCGCCAGCGAUCCGCCCCUGCCUGCUCUUCUCUAUAGGAGUUGAGAAGUUGGUCUGUCCUCAUUUAGAUCAGCAACGCUGCAAGAGGCGCUUGCGAGCCAGGGCUUUGAGCUGCUGACACUUAGUCACUGCAAGGAGGGAGCGGCACCGUGUUCGUGGAGAAUAGCAAACACGCAACGUAUUUACUUCGGGAUUUACUCGCCUUAAAAAAAACAUACCCACAACCAGAAAGCUUCGGAGGGAAUUACCGAGCGUCUUCGAUUAGCGCAAAUCUUUUUUCUUUUGCGUUGAAUUUUUAAUUUCUCUACUGGGAACGCAAAAAAGGGUAUAAACAGCGGGAUUUCACUUUGCGAUGCUACUCUCCAAGAAGAUCGGUUCGUUUGCUCACAUUUGCAGCCCGACCAACAUGGAUUUGCCAGUGAAAAUCCAGAUACAACAAGUGAAGGAGCGGGAGCCGUUUGAGAAAGUGUAUCAGAUCGGGGCAGUGCUGGGCAGCGGCGGCUUCGGCACCGUCUACAGCGGCGUGAGGCUGAGCGACGGGAUCCCGGUUGCUGUCAAACAUGUGGCCAGAGACCGAGUGACCGAAUGGGGCUCGCUGAACGGCAGCCUGGUGCCCCUCGAGAUCGUGCUGCUCAAGAAGGUGGCUGGAGGCUUUCGAGGAGUCAUUAAAAUGCUGGACUGGUACGAGCGGGGUGACAGCUUCUUGUUAAUCAUGGAGCGGCCGGAACUGGUCAAAGACCUGUUUGAUUUUAUCACUGAGAAGGGAGCCCUGGAGGAAGAGCUGGCGCGAGUCUUCUUCAGGCAGGUCCUGGAGGCAGUCCGGCACUGCUACAACUGCGGUGUCGUUCACCGGGACAUCAAGGACGAGAACCUGCUGGUCGACCUGCGCUCCGGCGAGCUCAAACUCAUAGACUUCGGGUCGGGGGCGUUGCUCAAGGACACGGUCUACACAGACUUUGAUGGCACAAGAGUGUACAGUCCUCCAGAGUGGAUCCGUUACCAUAGAUACCACGGGAGAUCUGCUACUGUGUGGUCUUUGGGAGUGCUGCUGUAUGAUAUGGUUUGUGGGGAUAUCCCUUUCGAACAAGAUGAAGAGAUCUUGCGAGGUCAAGUGUACUUCAGGAGGCGAAUUUCUUCUGAAUGUCAGCAUUUGAUCAAGUGGUGCCUUGCACUGCGGCCUUCCGAGAGACCCAUGCUGGAACAGAUCUUUGAACAUGCUUGGAUGCGAAAGGCUGAAGUAGUUAAAACCGAGGACUGUGACAUCAGGCUGCUGAGCCUAGACCUCGAGACCUCCAGCACAAGUUCGAGCAAGGAGAGUCUGUGAAAUAACACGUGCUUAACAGCAGGAGGGGAGUUCGACAUAAAAAGGACCCUGUGGUGAUGCCACCAGCUUGUUGUGGGAGGGGAUAAUGGUUUAUUUCUGAUCCUGUUCUCUGGGUGGGGGUGGGAACACGGGGGUGGGAGGGGGGGAGGGAGGGAGGAAGUGGGGGAGAAAUCUGACUGCUGGUUACUGCUCUGAAUUAAUUUUGUUUUCUUUUGGGAACGUUGGAGUUUUGAGAUAAAUGGGCCAGUACUUAGCAAUGACUGACCUUUAUUUUUUAGCAAAAAGUGACCUCCAAACAAUGCAAACUCUGCUCUCAUAGAGUCUGGACUAAAUGUUCUUUGCUUUCUGAGUGCCUUUUGAAAGCUGCUUUAAUUCACUGGUGAUGGGAUACUUGAACAUACUUUGUUCCCCUUCUAUCUGCUGCUCAGAAUACUUUGGCCUGCACAAAGGUGUGUACAGAGACAUCAAGAACUGUCUGCCAGCAAUGUUGGUUUUUCCUCUCUGGUUUUCUUUAUAAUUUUCCUUUCCCAAGCCAUCUCAACCACUGGAUAGAUGCCCUAAUUUCGAUUUUCCCCUUCUCUCCCAUCAAUCUGCGACUUAUUUGUUCAUGGCCAAGGCAUAUCGGGGCAUGGUUGUAUGCACAAUCAAUGCAAUUCAAGGACACUUUCAAGACUGUACAUUGUAUGUAAUGUAAAUUAUGUUUCAUUAUGUAUUAUACUUGUUUUUAUUUAUUUGUAUUCUUAAAGUUAGACUGUCCACAAAUUUCACGUGGCUAUUUAUUUGUUUAAUUUAUUUUAGAGAAAAAUUCCAACACUGCUGUUCUGCUUCCAAGAUGCUUGAUUGGUUAGUCUAGGAUAUUUCUGCAUUCCUUUUUUUUCCUCUGCAUUUAAAAAAAAUCUACCAUGCAGGUUUCAGUCCAUUUGUCAUGGAAAGUGAUUGGAAGCUUUGUGUCAAAGGUGCCCUUUUAAAAAGGGAAAUAGAUGGAUUUUAUUUUCUUCUAACUUUGUGGUGUUCAACCAAGGCUCUUCAUGGCUGUUUGUAUUAGAAGUGUAAAGUAUACUGUUUGAAAGGUUUUAAAUUAUUGAAGUUGUACAGUCUCCAUCAUUGGCUUAGGAAGGUAGAGUGGCAGUCGACCUUUUUAAUUUAUUUCAAUAGCUGUGUUUUUUGUGCACUAGAUCUAGUUGCAUUUAUGCAGCUUGGAUUUGGGAGUUUUUUUUUCCAAUUUAGCUGUGCGAAAUAAAUGAUGGAUGGAGAACAUAUUUUUUUAUACAAGCAUUUCAAUUAAAGUUCACAUUUUGUACAAAA